AUGCAAGCAAGGAAAGCAGCUGAGAGCCGGGACGCCGGCCGGUCCCUGCAGUUCACCAUGAAGAGAGGCUACGAGGUGCUCCGCGACCCCCACCUCAACAAGGGCAUGGCUUUUACCUUGGAGGAGAGGCAACAACUGAAUAUUCAUGGAUUAUUGCCACCUUGCUUUCUUGGUCAAGAUACCCAGGUGUAUAGUAUUCUUAAGAAUUUUGAAAGGCUGACAUCUGACCUAGACAGGUACAUUCUGCUAAUGAGUCUCCAGGAUCGAAAUGAAAAGCUUUUCUAUAAAGUGCUGUCUUCUGACAUUGAAAAGUUCAUGCCUAUUGUUUAUACUCCCACUGUGGGGCUGGCUUGCCAACAAUAUGGUCUAGCAUUUCGGAGGCCAAGAGGCCUUUUCAUUAGUAUCCAUGACCGGGGACACAUCAGUACAAUGCUUAAGUCCUGGCCAGAAAGUGUUGUCAAAGCUAUUGUGGUGACAGAUGGAGAACGCAUUCUUGGUCUUGGAGACCUUGGCUGUUAUGGCAUGGGCAUUCCAGUUGGCAAACUGGCACUUUAUACAGCAUGUGGUGGAAUAAAGCCUCACGAGUGCCUACCAGUGAUGUUGGAUGUGGGAACAGAUAAUGAGGCAUUGCUGAAAGAUCCUUUGUACAUUGGGCUGAGACACAAGAGAAUCAGAGGUCAAGCCUAUGAUGAUCUUCUUGAUGAAUUCAUGGAAGCUGUGACUUCAAGGUAUGGCAUGAACUGCCUCAUUCAGUUUGAGGAUUUUGCUAACGCUAACGCAUUCCGCCUCCUGCAUAAGUACCGUAACAAGUACUGCACUUUCAAUGAUGACAUUCAAGGAACUGCCUCUGUGGCUGUUGCAGGUCUUCUUGCAGCUCUGCGUAUCACCAAGAACAAGCUAUCAGAUCACACAGUGUUGUUCCAGGGAGCUGGAGAGGCUGCACUGGGGAUAGCAAACCUCAUUGUUAUGGCUAUGGAAAAAGAAGGGAUAUCUCAAGAUGAAGCUACCAAAAGGAUAUGGAUGGUUGACUCAAAGGGAUUAAUAGUAAAGGGGCGUGCCUCGUUAACAUCCGAGAAGCAACAUUUUGCCCACGAACAUGCUGAAAUGAACAAACUAGAAGAUAUUGUCAGAGAUAUAAAACCAACUGUGCUAAUAGGAGUUGCUGCAAUUGGUGGUGCUUUUACCAAACAGAUUCUUCAGGAUAUGGCUGCUUUGAACAAACAUCCCAUUAUUUUUGCUCUCAGCAAUCCUACCAGCAAAGCAGAAUGCACUGCUGAGCAGUGCUAUAAAUACACAGAGGGCCGUGGCAUUUUUGCCAGUGGAAGCCCUUUUGAUCCUGUCACUCUUCCAAGCGGACAAACUCUCUAUCCAGGCCAAGGUAACAAUUCCUAUGUGUUCCCAGGAGUUGCCCUUGGAGUUGUUUCCUGUGGAAUAAAGCAUAUCAGUGAGGACGUGUUCCUCACAACUGCUGAGGUAAUAGCUGAGCAAGUUUCAGAGGAGAAUUUACAGGAAGGUCGUCUGUACCCUCCAUUAGUCACUAUUCAGCAGGUGUCACUGAAAAUUGCCGUGAGGAUUGCAGAAGAAGCCUACAGGAAUAACACUGCCUCCACCUAUCCUCAGCCCAAGGACCUGGAAGCCUUCAUCCGCUCUCAGAUUUACAGCACCGAUUACAACAGCUUUGUGACUGACUCCUACACCUGGCCUGAAGAAGCCAUGAAAGUGAAACUGUAAAUAUGUAAUGAAGAAUGAGCAAACCAGCAGGAGUUUCAAAAGCAUUAAAAUAUAGGAAAGCCUCAGAAUAGCUGAUUUUUUUAAGAUGCAGAAAACUUUUUCUAAAUUGUAAUACUUGGUUGGAAACUCAGAUCA